AUGCGUGCGCACUUCACAAGGAUAAGUCGAGCAUUCACGAAGAAACAUAAACAAAUACACGAUGAUGAUGAUGUUUCUAUUUGCCAAUCCUGCCACUCCUGGCAACAAACACUCCUGCCAUCUGCCUCUCCACCAAUCAGACUCACCUGGUAUCUACCACCCCUGCCAUCAGACCCACCUGCUACCUGCUACCUUCCACUCCUGACACCUGCCACUCCUGACAACAAAUACUCCUGCCACCUGCCUCUCUACCAAUCAGACUCAGCUGGUACCUGCCAUCGAACACUCCUGCCAUCAGACCCACCUACUACCUGCUACCUGACACCUGCCACUCUUGAAAUCUGCCACUUGUGCCACUCCUGCCACCUGCCACUCCUGCAACCUGCCACUCCGGCCAUCUAUCUGUCCUGCUACUUGACACCUGCUUCCCCAUUCCUGCUCUCUGUCACUCCUGCCACCUGCCACUCCUGCUAUCUAUCUGUCCUGCUACCUGACACCUGCUUCCCCAUUCCUGCUCUGUCACUCCUGCCACCUGCCACUCCUGCUACCUGCUACUCCUGCCAUCCAUCUGUCCUGCUACCUGACACCUGCUUCCCCAUUCCUGCUCUGUCACUCCUGCCACCUGCCACUCCUGCUACCUGCCACUCCUGCCAUCUAUCUGUCCUGCUACCUGACACCUGCUUCCUCAUUCCUGCUCUGUCACUCCUGCCACAUGCCACUCCUGCUACCUGCUACUCCUGCCAUCCAUCUGUCCUGCUACCUGACACCUGCUUCCCCAUUCCUGCUCUCUGUCACUCCUGCCACCUGCCACUCCUGCUAUCUAUCUGUCCUGCUACCUGA